CAAAGGAUGCCCCGGAAACACUCCUGAUUUUUAUUCCCAGGGGUGAAGAAAGAUGGCGAGGGGGCAAAACAAAAGUUAUGGUGUUGUGUUGUUCUUCGUUGUGUGGAAGCGGGUGUGAUUCUUCUCUGGAUUAAGCAUGUAUUUCGUGAAAUCAAAGAAAAAUUUGGAAGACCAGGAUGCUAUUGAGCCAAUGGAAAGUAAACGCAGAGAUCGCUACCAGAGGUCCGAUUCGGCUCGUUUGUUAUUGCAGGCAAUGCCACCACAGCAGUCGAAAUCGGACCAACUUCAGCAUCAGCAGCUGGCAGCUGACAACGGAAAAGUGCCUUAUCCAAAACCGGUUCCAGCGGAUACCUUUGUGGCCGGGUCGAUCGCAGACCCUGUUGAAUUCAGGCCCGAGGAGCUGCCGGACGGAGCCUGCUACAGGCCGAAGAAGGAUUUGAAAAAUUUAGCCACAGCGGCGAAAGGGAAUACAGUAACGGAUAGCGAUCCCAAGGCUGUUGUAGCCUCAUCACCAGAGAUGAUGUCGGAACAAGUUCGAUCAGCUGAG